AUGGCUAUUAGUUGUGGUUGCAAGGGCAGCUAUAAUUCCUCUAAGCAUGCUACUCUCUUCCUAGUCAUCUUAUUAUUUAGCGGUAGAGCAUGCUGUGAUGAUCAUCCAGAUGCAUCUAAGAGGAUCAGUUGCUUGGAGAGUGAAAGGAGUUCUCUACUUGCCAUCAAGUCUGAUUUGUAUAACUCUGAUCACUGGCUUUCUUCUUGGAGCGGUUAUGAUUGUUGCAACUGGAGUGGAGUCGCCUGUGACAACACCACUAGCCAUGUCAUUAUGCUUGAUGUCCACUACCCAUUUGAUCCAUAUGUUUCAUAUCCUGACAAAAGUAAGGUAAAUCCUUCUUUGUUUAACUUGAAGCACUUAAAAUACCUGAAUUUAAGCAACAACAACUUCGACUCAACCCGCAUGCCUAGUAUGAUUUCCUCGCUUGUCCAUUUGGAACAUCUUGGCCUUUCCAAUGCCAACUUUAAUGGAUUAAUUCCACAACAACUAGGCAGCCUUUCUAACCUACACUACCUUGACCUUGGUUGUUGUGAUAAUUGGUAUUCUUCACUAUGGUCAAAUGACCUGAGUUGGCUUUCCCACUUAACUUCUCUAGAAUAUCUAGACAUGAGUUGUGUCAAUCUCUCUUUAGCCAAUAAUUGGGUUCACCAAAUUAAUUAUAAUAGCCUAGAACAUCUUGCUUUAUCAAAUUGUGGGCUACAAGAUGCAACAGGAGGAGCUGGCACAAAUAAUUUAUCAAGUAAUCAAAUAGAAGGAAAUAUUUCAGUGAAUGCCACUGGAAAGUUGAAGCAUUUGGAAUUAGCUGAUAAUUCUUUAACAAAAGUUCCACUAAAUAUGGGAAGUCUUUUUCAUCUUGAAUGUCUAGAUUUAUCUUGGAAUUAUAUAACUGAUGUGAUACUUUUGAGCAUGGUUAACCAUAGUUGCUUGGAGCAUUUAGAUUUGCAAGGUAAUCAUAUCAUCGGAGAGAUACUUCUGAGCUUGGGCAAUUUUAUCCACUUAAAGUAUUUAGAUUUGUCUGGUAAUGAUAUCACUGGAGAGAUACCUCUGAGCAUGGACAACCUGACUAGCUUGACACAUUUGUAUGUGUCAUCUAAUGAGUUUUAUGGAUGUAUACCAGAUGUUUUGGGUAAUCUCGUCAAUUUGGAGGAAUUAGACAUAUCCGAUAAUAAUAUUUCUUGUCAAAUACCUAGAAGCAUUGGUAGACUUCACAACUUAAGGAAUUUUGAUGCAUUUGGGAAUAACUUGAUGGGGGCAGAUACCAUUGAGUUUGGGUGA